CAGAAGCAAGAACCGCAGCAUUGUCUCAGAGCAUCUCAUCAGCUAGCUCAUCGAUCCGGCGAUGGCUUUCAACCCUAACCCUCCUGGCCUCGGUUUCCCCUUCCCCUUCAUCCCUCCACCAAACAAUUAUGCUCCUCCAGCCCCCUUUCGCCCAAUGCCGCCACCAAGCCCUUUCGGUCCAAGACCACCACCACGCCCUCAAGCCCCGCCACCCCCACGCACACCACCAGUUCAGCCCCCGCCUCCUCCACGACGUGCUCCCCCGCCACCAACUCAACCCCCUCCUCCUCGCCGUGCUCCACCUCCACCCACUCAGCCCCCACCGCCACCCCGGCGUGCUCCACCUCCCCCCACUCAGCCUCCACCACCGCCACGUCGUGCCCCACCUCCACCCACUCAGCCUCCACCACCGCCACACCGUGCCCCACCCCCACCCUCAUCACCACCCCCUCACUAUGCUCCACCCCCUCCAUCACCGCCCAUUCGCCCACCGCCACCACAUCCACUAGCCCCACCUCCGCCACAUAUCAGCCCACCUCCACCUCCACCUAGCCCUCAACCCCAUGUGGUCAUCAUCGUGGUAUUCGUCUCCCUAGGCGGGCUCCUCCUAUUAGCAUGCCUAGCUGCAUUUUGCUUGCACAAGAAAAAGAAGCGGAAGACAGAAAGGAAGGCAGAGAUGUUGGACUUCAGCGAUCAUGUCCAUGUCCACAAGGAGGCCAUGCCUGGCCCAGGGGGCUCCAAGGCCGUCAGGCUUACAGUGGACGAGGACGUCAAGUUCCAAGAGGCAGUGAAGAAGUCGGAGACCGGUGAGGCAUCGAGCACCACGGCAGCAGGGAAAGGACAUCACCACAGCGCAUGGACGUGGCACAAGAAACAGAAGAGCAAAACAGAGCAGGAGGCAGAGCUUAUCAACGUCACCGGACAUUUCCACCUCGAUGAGAAGAUUAUGCAAGGGCCUCACGGCGAGAAGAUUGAGGUCCUUUCAGAAGAUGAAGAUGUCAGGUUUGAAGAGGCGGACAACAAAGAAGAAGCAUCUGAAAAAUCGAAGACGCGCAUCAACAAGUUCUAACAAGGUAAUGGUACGAUCUGCUGAAGUCUAACAGGACUCUUCAGCAACGAUCAAACCCGUACCUAAACAUGGCAUGCAUUUGUUUUUACAAGAUUGUAUCUUCUUUCGUGUGACCGAAAUAAGGGCGUCGCAGACCCAGUUUGAUUGAACGGAAUAUGUAAUUUCGCAAGACCCAGUUUGAUUGAACGGAAUAUGUAAUUACCACUGUAAACAUUUGUAUAU